AUGCGUCACUCGCUUCCCAUCCCUUUCUCGCGUAGUGCGCGGCAGUCUCUACUGCGCACUAGGCGGCGUCACCACGCGGCCGACGCAUUCGCCACCAAAACAACUCUUAGCGCGAUGAUCGCCGAUCUGCCACCGUUGCGGACUAUGGAAAAUCAGCCGAACUCGGAGCAACAAGGUAUUAAACUCGCGCUCGCUUACCGCACCGGCCGAAUUCUGGCGGCCGAUAUGCGCUCG